CUCCCGGGCGGCGGGGGCGGUCCCCGGGGCCGCUUCACACCGCCUCUCUUUUUUCCCUCGGUGGUGUUCGUUCGCCGCGGCCGCGACUGGGAGAUCAUUGGAGCAGAACUGCUGAACAAAAGCAAGCAUUGCAUCCUCAGUUGCCAUCCAGUUUGCAGUCAGAUUGGAAAAAUUUAAUCUGAAGCCUCCUUUCCACAUUCUAAGACAUGGGCUUCCACCCGACUUUCCACCUUUCCUACAGAUUGCGAUUGCUCUUGCUUUUUACCCUGUGCCUGAUGGUGGUUGGGUGGGCCACCAGUAACUACUUUGUGGGUGCUCUUCAAGAGAUUCCUAAAGCAAAGGAUUUCAAUAAUGCCCUAGCGUUGGGGAAGGAGGAAACUAUGACUAAUGAAGCAUCCGUGAAAAAAGCAGAACUUGAAAACUGUCCUUCUGUGUCUCCAUACCUCAGAGGCCCGAGCAAGCUCGUUUUCAAACCAGAUCUCACUUUGGAAGAAGUACGGGCAGAAAAUCCCAAAGUGUACAGGGGCCGGUACCAACCAGAGGAAUGCAAAGCUUUACAGAAAGUCGCCAUCCUCAUUCCCCACCGGAACAGAGAGAAACACCUGAUGUACCUGCUAGAACAUCUCCAUCCUUUCCUGCAGAGACAGCAGCUGGAGUAUGGCAUCUACAUCAUCCACCAGGCUGGAAGUAAAAAGUUCAAUCGAGCCAAACUAUUGAAUGUGGGCUACCUAGAGGCCCUCAAAGAAGAAAAUUGGGACUGCUUUAUAUUCCAUGACGUGGACCUGGUACCUGAGAAUGACUUUAACCUUUAUACCUGUGAGGAUCAGCCCAAGCAUCUGGUGGUUGGCAGGAACAGCACUGGGUACAGGUUACGUUACAGCGGAUAUUUUGGGGGUGUUACUGCCCUAAGCAGAGAGCAGUUUUUCAAGGUGAAUGGAUUCUCUAACAACUACUGGGGAUGGGGAGGCGAAGACGAUGACCUCAGACUCAGGGUUGAGCUCCACAGAAUGAAGAUCUUGCGGCCAAAGCCUGAAGUGGGUAAAUACACGAUGAUCUUCCACACUAGAGACAGAGGCAACGAGGUGAAUAUAGAACGGAUGAAGCUCUUACACCAGGUGGCACGAGUCUGGAAGACAGAUGGGUUGACUAGUUGUACUUAUAAGUUACUUUCUGUGAAGCACAAUCCUUUGUAUGUCAAUAUCACAGUGGAUUUCUGGUCUGGUGCAUGACCCAGGAUCUUUUGGUGAUGUUUGGAAGAACUGAUUAUUUGAUUGCAAUAAUUUUGGCCUAGAGACUUCACCUUAAGUAGCAGUACACAUUAAGAAUUUAUUACAGCCAAUUAUUGGGCUGGAUUUUUCCUUUUUGUAUUUUCUUAGCAGAAAUCCUGGGGACACAGAAUGUUAAACAGUUGUUAACAAGACAGCUGUCUCAGCUGUUUCGAUCAUGAGGGGCAACUAUUGUAAUACAGGUACUUAAAGGACUAAACGUAUAAAGCUGACUCAAAGGAUAUGAAGGCUGCUUGAGAACUCUGGUUGAAAGAGAUUUAUUUAAAUCUGAAGUGAUUUAUUAAGGCAUAAAAGGCCACUGGAAAUAAGACUGCUGGAGGCCCCAGAGAGCCGACAUAGAAAGGUACGAAGAUGUAGUUCUGUUAAUGAUUUGUCCGGCGUGGUCAUCUGUGGAGCAGUGAGUCCAGGGGAGAAGAAGGCCGCAGGAAGGAGGACGACAGAUGAAGAAUCAGAUGCAGCGAGCUGGAACAGAGGCACAGGGAGACAGGACGGCGGACGAAGAGGCAGCAGCGGCUAUGCCGGAUGUUGCCCCGACCCACCUGCCCAGCUAUGCCUUCCAGGAACAGCCCAGCAGACACAUUGUCUACUCAUUUUUAAAGCAUUUUUGUAAAAUGAUUUUGUACAUUUAGGAUGUGAAUGAGCAAUUUGCAAAUGACAUUAACUAAUAAUACAUCUAUAAAGUACCUCUGUAGAAAAAUGUGAAAAAGCUUUGGGUGCUCAAUCUUGCCUUUGCUGUUAUGCGAGGCCUGCAGAUGUAUUCAUUUCAGGAUCUGUGAUUCUAAACAGCUUAAAAACAGAGCAAAUGAAACAGCCCUCCACUCCCUCCCUCUUUCAUCCUGCUUCCCUCGCCUCUUCUUUUGAGCAAGCCCCUUGGAUGACCAGCCGCGGUGCUAUGGGAGGCACCUUUGUGUCUCAUCCCCUCUCCUGGUUUUUGUUCUCUUCGUCCUCUUAUGCCUCGUCUUUUCCUGUAAUCAAGAGUAGGAGUAGCAGGUCUGACCUUGGGGGCACACCUGUUGGUUAUGGGAGGGGCAGGGGUGGAUCUGGCCCAUUUGGGAAGCCUUAGAUUUUGAAGGACAGGGACAUGAGUGGUGGCAGUGGUUUGGGAGGGGUGUAGAAUCAAGGUAACAGGAACUGUCCCUAUGACUGGGUUAGAAUAGCAAUAAGAAUACUUUGUUUGCCUAUGUGAAUGAAUGGACACAUAAAUAAUCUAGAUAUGGAUGUCCUUAAGCCUGUAUUAUGCAGCUGUGCUCCGGGAAGCACAUCCAUCAUCAUCAUAUGACACCUUAACUGUUAAACUUUAACAUCAAUCCAUGCCAGUCAAUAAGUGUAAAAAAUACUGAAUUCUUCCCAAGCAGGGAGGGGAAAUAGAAGGGUUUGGAGCUCUCAAGAAAGUCAGAAGGAGUCACCACUCAAAUGGGCAAGGAGAAUUAGAAAAGAAGAUACAUGUCAUGAACACAGUGGAUUCGUUCUGAGAGGAGGAGUGCAGUGGAGGCAAGAGGUGUGGAGUUGCCACACAGACCCUGGGAGUCUGGUGAAAGUGGGCCAGAGGCAAGCAGCCCACAGACUCAUUUAUUUCAGUUGGUACAGCAGCUUAUAUAGCCGAGACAGCCAAUCUGGUCAAGGGGCAGUUUAUGCCUUAACCAAUCACAGCCUGUUGCCAGGCAGGCUCUGUUGCCAGAUGGUUUCUCAGGUGGUUUCCCAGGGGGUUUCCAAAGCCAUUCCUGAGUAACUGACACUCGCUUGCCAGUGGCCAUCUUGGCAUGGCUUUCUCAUUCUACCACAGAGCAUUAGAAAGGAAGAUACAUAUCAUGAACAUAACCUAGGGUAGUCUGGUUUACUUUUAACUCAAUGCAACGAGUCAGAAAUUAUAUUGUUUUUAUUUACCAAGGAAAUCCUCAUGGCUUUCAAGUGUGUUGCCCAAAGAUUUUCGUUCCUGGGAGAUUUGCUAAUGGAGCUGCAGUGAAUUGAAUGAGCCUUCCCCUUCCCCUCCCCUCGGUUUCUGCAAAACCUUUCUCUAGGGUUCUGUCACAGUUUUCCUAAUUAUGAAUGUAUGAAUGGACUGCAGUUUGGAGGCUGUGAAUCCCUUGUCAUGGUUGGGGAGGUAAUGGAAUACACUGGCAUGUGCAGGGAACUUGAGGACCCAUAUUUGACAACUCAGUGGAAACAAUAUAGCCAGUACCGUGUGGGCACCCCUUGCAUUUUUUCCUACUAUUAGUAAGGCAUCUGCAUUAAAAAAAAAAAAAU